UUGAGAUGGACUUGAAGUGGAAUCCUGGCAGCAUUUCUCAUCCAGCUUCAGCUGCCGUUGGGGUGACUGAUUCCAGCUGGCAAAGCACCCCAAAUCCCAGCCCCUCGGUGAGAGAUGAUGGAGAGCUGCUUGUGGAGGAAUACCUUUCUCCCAGGAAAUUGAGAGCUCUGACAGGUGUGGAUGACCUGCAGGGAGUGCAGGUCCUGGAGGUGAGAGUGGAUACAAGAGACAGCAGUCUGGGGAACUUGGGUGCCUACCUCCCCAGCCUGAGAGAGCUGAAGCUGAAUGACAGCUUGCUGGUGACUGUGAGGGACCUGGGAACCAGCCUGUCCCAUCUCCAGGUCCUGUGGAUGGCUCGCUGUGGGCUCACUGAUUUGGAUGGGAUCUCUUCCUGCAGCUCUCUAAAGGAGCUCUACGUAGCCUACAACAACAUCUCUGACCUGAGCCAGCUGCCCUGGUUGGAUCACCUCGAGGUUUUGGACCUGGAAGGGAACCACAUUGAGGACAUCAACCAGAUGCAGUACCUGGGACUCUGUGGCAAGCUGAGGUGCCUGACAGUGGAGGGCAACCUCAUCUGUCUGAAGCCAACUGCAGAGGCUGCAGAGGCCUCAGGUUAUAACUACAGAGCUGCAAUCCAAAAGCUCCUUCCUCACCUGCAGUGCUUGGAUGCGACACCCACGAGCCAGAGCUGUGGCCUUCCUCCCAGGGCUGCUCCUGAGGAUUGGCUCCUCAGCAAGGAAGGUGCUUCAGCUGGAGACAUUGCAUGGUCAGGACUCAGUCAAGUCAUCUGUGGCAACCCCACCAAGACCCUUGAAGCAAGGAAGCCAAAGCUGGGUCCCUCUGCAGUGGGAGCUUUGCACCUGGAUGGUGUGAGGACAGAAAACCUUUCUGGCUCUGGCUCUGGAGGAGGUCAGCAGCAGGAGGGUGAAUCUCCUGACCUGGCAGCACAGAGAGAGCAGCACAAGAGGGGCCUGCAAAGAGGUCAGCACCAAAAAGCCAGCAGUGAGGAGAAGAGUGGAGACUGCAGCCUGGCUGCCAGCUGUGAUGAGGAGUUGAGGGAGAGCAGUGAUGAAGAUCUGCUUGAAAGGAUUUCCCUGGAUUCUUCUCACCACUCCUGGCUCUGCCAGGCUCCCUCAGGUCCUUCCCAGGCUCAGGAGGCUGCAGUGUUCCCCAGCCUGAUCCCUUGUCUCAUUCCAUCCCCUCCCAAAAGCCCUUCACCUGCAUCUCUAACACCAGCAAGACCCUGGAGAAGGAGGAACCACAGAGGAAGGUGCCUAAAACUACCCAGCCAGGAGGACUGGCACUGGAUGCAGCCAUGCCAGCCAAGGGCUCAUCAGGAAGCUUCUACCCAGUCUGUGGGCAAGGACCUUGCUCUGCUGGGCCAGUACAGCCUGCAGGCAGCCUGCAGAUGCCCGGGGCAGGGCCAGAGCGCGGCGAGCACCCACCGGGCACAGCCUGUUGGCUGCAGCAUCAGGCCCACCAUGACCCAGAGCCCUCCUGGAGAGACCAACCAGCAGCUGCCAGCUCUCUGCUCAGCCACAGGAGCCUUGCAGAGGUCUGGGCUGCUGAGCACCACUUGGCCCCUGACUGCCAGGGCCAAGCUGCCAUCGUUGCCAGACAGACCCACAGCCUCAGCAUCUCAGAGCACACACCCCCAGGCCUAGAAGAUGUGGAGCCCUGAUCACAGCACAAUCUUGAAGGCCUGAUGCUACCUUCCAGCUUCUUCUGCAGCCAGAGCAGUGCAAGUGGAGCAGUUCAAACGUUUUGCCUCACUUCAGGCUCCAGCUGGCCCCAGGGACUUGGAGCUUAAAGAGCAGCCCUGAGCACCAGAGGAGCUCUUAGCCUCUCAGGGCAGAACUAUGUGGUGAUUCUUGCAGGCUUCAUGCCCUAAAGCAGAACAAGUCCUGACCUCUUCCCUCUCUCCCAGCCUGUGUGUCAGGCAAGGCUGUGAUCCAAGCCAUGGAGCCUGCUGUGAGGGCUGUGGGCUGGGCAGGAGGCAGUCCCUGGCUGAGCAGCAGCCUCACAGUGUAGCUUUUGGAGCCCUGGGUGCCCAGCAUGCAAGGGACAAAGCCAAGGGCUGGAGAGGGAGCAGGAGGUCAGGGAGAGCCCUGAGUGCUGCCCCAGGAAGGGCCCAAGGAGGCUGAGUGGUUUCAGAGCUCCAACUCCCACCAGCUCUCACCCCACCCAUAGCUACCUGAGGGGCCUUGUAGGGCUGCACACAAUCUCCUCCUCCUCU